AUGGCUGAGGGGUUCCUGAAGUUGGAAAAUGAUUUGGAAGGGGAGGCUGAGAAGUGUUUGCAAGAGCUUGUCGAUAGAUGUCUAGUCCUCGUAUGCAAGAAAAGUCAAGAUGGAACAAAAAUUAGAUCAUGUAAGGUUCAUGAUCUAAUAUAUGACCUGUGCUUGAGAGAAAUUCAAAGGGAGAACAUAUUUAUCAUGAACGACAUUGUUUUUGGUAACUCAGUGCAACCCUUAAAGUGCUUGAUUGGUGAUGAAAUUGAUUAUUGUCCCUAUGUUCUUUAUAGGGCUCUUCUUACCCGAGUCAGAGCUUAUUCAUUUCAAAUUACUCUCAGUCUUGGAGUUGAGACACAGAGUGAUUGGUUAUGGAAUCUGCAGACAGUAAUUGUUAAAGGGGAUCUUCGAUCAGAUAUAGACAUUAAUUGUCCAGUGCAAAUUUGGGGACUAAUGCAAUUAAGGCAUCUCAAACUGCCCAGAUUUUAUUUGCCAGAUUGCCCAAGUGGAUCUGUUGACAAAGAAAGACACUUGGAUUUUUCAAACAUAAAAACUAUUUCUUACUUGUCUCCAAGUUGUUGCAUGAAGAAGGUUAUUAUGGGGAUUCAGAAUGUCAAAGAAUUAGGAAUCUCUUUUCCAGCAAUGCUCAAGAAGCUGAAGUUGAAAGGAACUUAUAUAAGUUGGUCGUUCUUGAACAUCAUUGCUGAAUUGCCUAAUCUUGAGGUGCUGAAGGUGAUGGAUGAUGGUUUUCAUGGCAAAGCUUGUUUUCUCAAGUACUGGAAAGCCACAAAUGACAAUUUUCCUGUCCUUGAGCGCCUCAUGAUUAGAAGUUGCCAUCAUUUGAAGGAGAUACCCAUUGAGUUUGCGGAAAUCCACACACUACAACUAAUUGAGUUAACAAGGUGUCUUCCCGAACUUGGGGAAUCUGCUGCAAGAAUUCAACAAGAACAAGAAGAGAUCGGAAACAACCCCGUGGAUGUUCGCAUCUCCAAUCCAUCCACAUCCCAACUUGAACUCUUACUAAAUGCUCUUAUGACUCUGCCGAUGUACUUGAUUAUGGUUUCAGUUAUUGAUUUGGAAUUGGUCGUGACAUCCAAUUCGCCAGUGCAAUCUCUAAUUAGUGAACACAGAGGAAUCUCUCGCUCUUGGUGA